CUACAUGUUUUAUUUUGGUGCAGAUGAUAUUGGCUGACAAAGGCAAAUAGAAGUGGAGGAUAACAAACAUUAAGAAAUAUCAUUGGAUUAGUCGGAUCGGCGGAGCAGAGAAGGGAAGCUUAACAAUGUCAAAGCAAGGGUGCCGAGGUUCCGCCGGGAAAUGUGUCGACAAAAACGGUGGGCGAAGAAUCUGUAUAUCAUUUCAGUGAAGGGAAUCAAGAGUUGCCUCAAUAGGUUGCCGUCUGCUUGCGUCGGAGACAUGGUUAUGGCCACAGUGAAAAAGGGGAAACCCGAUCUCCGUAAGAAGGUCAUGCUCGCCGUCAUUGUUCGCCAGCGCAAACCCUUCCGUCAAAAGGAUGGAGUCUUCAUGUUCUUCGAAGACAAUGCUGGGGUCAUAGUGAAUCCCAAGGGAGAAAUGAGAGAAAGUGCCAUUACGGGCCCUAUUGGGAAGGAAUGUGCUGAUCUUUGACCUAUGAUUGCCAGUGCUAUAAAUGAUAUCAUUUAGAUGCGAUUGUUAUCUUACAAGUGGUUUAUUUUUGUGUUAUGAAACUCAGAAUGUUGCAGUUGUGCCUUUAGCACUGCUUGAUUUGCUUUGUUAUCAAGGUUUAUGUGAAACUCAAAAAAAAAAGAAAAAGAAAUCACAUUG